UGGCAUGCCGGCCCGGCCAGCCCCAGCCAGCACCACAAAGUCUGUAAAGUCUCCGCGCGAAGUAAUCACAUCACCAUCCUCUCCGUCCUUCCUUCCCCGACCCAAACCCCCGGACCUGAGCAGGAGAGAAAUUUCCCCCGAUCCGGGAUCUCCAUCGCCGAUGGCGUCCCGGAGCUGCACCUUCCUCGAGAUCCUGCUCGCCAUCAUCCUGCCGCCGCUCGGCGUCUUCCUCCACUACGGCUGCUGCAGCAUGGAGUUCUGCAUCUGCCUGCUGCUCACCAUCCUGGGCUACAUCCCCGGCAUCAUCUACGCUGUCUACGUGCUCGUCGCGCUCGGCUCGGAGGAGCGUGAUAGGGACUACAACACACUUGCUUAAUAAUCCUGCAACAACUUGUGAUUGUGUGAUGCACCGCUUGCCCAGUUGUGAAUUGACGUCCCUGUUUAUGUUAGUCUGUAAAUGCUUAAACCGUCCUCCGGUUUCUCCAUCCUGUAAUUCUGAUACAACCGAAUAAAAUUUCAGCAGCUCCGAAGAUUUAUGGCGGUGUUUUUCUUCA